AUGAAGUCGAGCACAUCAAAAGAGAAGUUAUGUGGGGAAAAUUCCCGUCAAGUCUUCAACAAACUGGUCAACGCUCAGAAAUCUCGUUUUGAUAUCAAUGCGAUAGGUAUGUUGAAAUUCAGAGUAAAAAUAAUAAAGUUCGGUGAUUUUCAGGAAUGAUUCAUUUGAUCGAUGAACUCGAUCGUCUUCGUAAGCUUUGGAAACAGGCAGAAGAGGCAAAAAAGCAGACUAUUGGAGAGAUGAGAGAUGUGGAAGAGCAGCUCGCGUAAGUCACGAAUUUCAUUGAAAUUGUUUAAUUUUUUCUUACAGAAAGGCUCGGAAGGAAUUGGAGAUGUCAGCUCUUGACGUCAAAGAUCACAAAAAGCACUUGCGGGCGAUGAUGGAAGAGAACAAGGCGCUGAAAUUGGAUUUGAAUGUGCUCGAGACUCGUGAGAAGCAGCUUAAGAAUGCGAUGAAAAACGGAGCCUUUGACAGUCUCACCAAAGCGGACCGUGAGCAGUUUGCGUUCCUGCGGGAGCCGCUUCAACGUAACCACUCGAAACGAGUUCAACUGAGAUAUCCGCAUCUGAUGGAGGAGACGCAGGAGGAGGAGGACGACAGUGAGGUGGAUUACGACGAGACGGGCGACUCGUUCGAGGAUGUGAUGCCGUUGAGGAACGGAAGAGAGGUCAGGAAAUCUGGAAAUCAGCUGCCGAAGCGGAGAAGCUCUUCUGCUCACGCCACCCCAAUUUUGACGAAUGCGGGCAACGCGAAACGCAGCAGAAGCCGUGUUAUUACCGCUACUAUAGACGAGGAGCCGGUAAGUUGAAGAAAUUAGGUGAAAAUUGAUAAAUUUAACAAUUUUCUAUUACAGAACGAGUCUGGGACACCGCCAAAACGCGGCAGAAGCAACGGAACGACGACGCAAGUGACCACGACCACCUCGACAACCACGACAAUACUGAAUCGCGAGUUCUCGCGGCGGUCGAUGAGUUGCGACAACAUGACGUCGAUGGAAACGCCGAGCAGACAGGCGAACAAUCUUUCGAUUCGCACGAAGAGCACUGUGGAUGUGCGUACUUUGAAGAAGGGAACGCCUGCGUGGACAGAUGGGAGUUCGAGAGAUAUUGCACAUCGGACACAUACUUUUGUGGACGGGGGCAUUAAUCCGGUAAGCAAAAUAUAGCUUUUGUUUGUCUAGAGACGUCUGCGAUGAUGAGAAUCAUGCUAAUCAUGAAGAGGCGCGUCCGUCUCAACCUCCAUGUUGCAAAACAACAACCUCUGAGCAGAAUGUCCCAAAUUUAUAUUCAAGUCGACCCUUUUCAUAGUUCAUUGAGCACGUUUUAAUAAUUUCUUUUGCAGAUGCGCAAAUGCGACAAGUGCGACGCGCUGAUCCUCGCCAAAUCGUUCAAAUGCACCGAUUGCCAUCAGGUGGUGCACAAGGACUGCUCGAGCCGGCUCCGUCUCCCGUGCAUUCCACGUCCGAAAGCCGUCAUGACUCCGAAAUCGGCGGGCAGAAACUAUCCGAAAGUGCAGUACACUCUGCAGGACUUUUGCACUUCUGCCAAGCCGAUGAUACCUUCUUCCGUGGUGCAUUGCGUCGUUGCGUUGGAGGCUCGCGGCCUGACCACAGAGGGCAUCUACCGGGUUCCGGGCUCCACGAAGACGGUCAGCGCGUUGCUUGAAGAGCUGCGCUCGGCCAAAUCGGUUCCGAACGUGGCGCUGCACGACGUGGAAGUGAUCGCCGACACGCUGAAACGGUUCCUCCGCGAGCUUCGCGACCCGCUGAUUCCCAGAUCUUCGCGUCAGGAGCUCAUUUCGGCUGCGAAGACGUACUGGACCGAUCCGGAUAACGGAAGAUUAGCGUUGAAUCGGGUGAUUUGUGAACUUCCGCAGGCUAAUCGGGACACCCUCGCCUAUCUGUUCAUCCACUGGCGGAAGGUAAUAUCGAGGGCCGAGUUCAACAACAUGAACAUUGACAAUAUGGCCAGAAUCCUGUCGGUCGCUGUGAUGGGACCGAUGAAGAGUGUGCUGCAGUCGUCGCAAACGGAAGCCCGUUAUCUGCAGGACUGUGAGCGCACUUUGAAGGCUCUCUUUGAGUUUGACGAUGUAAGUUUGACUGUUUUUGAGUUUUUAAACUUCAACAUGAACUUUUCUUUGCAGGGAUACUGGCAGCGGUUCCUAGGAGCGCUUAGUACUCGAACUGCUGUGGUUGCCGAGCCGAUGCGCCACGAAAGUGUUGCUCUGUGCGAUCGGAGCAUUCUGGGACCGGUCACGACGUCGCCGGCGACUCCGUUGCUCUCCAGAGCCCCGAAAAACGUCCGUCGUGGUGCUCACCUACUCGGACCGAUGCGCGACGACUAA